AAUAACCAGGAAUUUAUAACCGGAAGCUUUGUAAGAAAUGUGUAAUUUACAGUUUAGCGUUUAAAAAAAAAUAAAACCCGUUACACUUGUCACUGUGUUGCCACAAAAAAAGUCAGUCGUUGGUCUAAACUCGAAAUGACAACAAAUAUAAAUUCAACUUUUUUAUAUUUUUUAUUUAUCAUUAUUAUUAUUGUAAUAAUAGAAGCAAGCAAUAAUGUCAGUAGUAAAUUAAAUUUAACAAAGAGAGAAGUGCCAAAAAGAUAUUUAAUAUUUCCACAAGGAAGUAAUGUACAGCUGGUUUACUGUUUGACGAUCGGGACCUAUGCCAAGCCAGAAAGCUUCUUUACUGUGGGAGUAACAGCGGGUUUGGCUUGGGAACUGCCGCACAAAAACUCGGUGCCUUACCGAAAACCUGCUGAGGUUUAUCACCGACGUAGCAGAAGAGAACUGUAUCGCAAAGUGGAGUUAAUGUUGAGCACACGAGGCAAAGAUGGCAAAGCCUGCGUGCUUAAAGCUCUUUGUCAAGCAGCAAGAAGAAAUGACUCUGACGUUGGAAAAGGCAGCUUUAUAGAAGAAAUUCUCUACUCUAUAUUCACAUUACCCGGUGGUUCUUACGACGUCGACCCAAAAACUCAAUACGAGCUAGCUCACGACUCCAAUAACAACUGCGAUGAAAUUUAUCCCGCUUGUUCCGAUGUUUUUUUUCUUUAAAAAUAUCUUUAUUUAUUUAAUCACCGGUAAUAAUGACUUAUUUUUUUAUCUUUUCUUCUGUACAACAGAGUAUAUAUAUGUAUAAUUAAGAAAACAAAACUAACUAAAAUAAAACUAAAUGGAAUAAAAGUAAUGAAAAAAAAAAAAAAAUGAUAAUAAAAAGAAAAAAGUGUAACAAGAAAUAACGAGAUAAGUUUUUUCUCGUGGGGUUAAGCGAUAAUUUAACAUCGAUAACGGUUAAAUUCACCGAGGACUGAACUUGGUAGUGAUAAAUUUAUGAGACGCUUACAGCGCUACUCGAGGGAAAGUAACUGAGAAAGAUAGUAUUAAAAUGACAAGGAUGAAAAUAACCCUAUGGAAUUUUAUUAAUAACCGCAUACCUACUUUAUCAUUCUCGCUAAAAUUUAUACAGUUUUUUUAUUUAUUGAAAUAUUAAUAAACAUUUUGUAUACCCGGUGGUGUUUUUUUAUUAAUAUAAUUUUACUCAUUACUCAUUUAUGACUUUGCGACAAAUGAAUUUUUUAUGGUUCUGCGAAGAAUAAAUAGUAUAUUACACUACAAGGGAAGAAAGUUGAAAUUCCUGCCCUGUGUGAUAAGAUGCCCGAGGCGAAGCCGAGGGCAUCAUGACACACAGGGUAGGGCUUUCAACUAUCUUCCCGUGUGGUGUAUACGAUUUUUCUUUAUACCUGGUCGAAAGUACGUUUAUUAAUUACAUUUUUGAAUACUAUAAACAAUACAACCACGUUCUGCCUUCAGCUGACAGGUCGGCCAUGUUUUUUUUAUUUGCUCCCUAUUGACGCGCCUCUUUCGGACAUACAUAAAACUUUAAUUUUUUUCCGUCUCUCUUUUUUUUUUUGUUGCGUUUUUGAUGCCUGCCCCGCGACAUUUGAAAGCACGAGCGAAGCGAGUGCGUCUGGUCGGCGGGGGCAGGCAUCAAAAACAAAACAAAAAAAAAGACAUAAUUAUACUUAUAAAAAAUAAAAAAUAAAAAAAAAUUAUUUUUUUUCGAAAGAAAUAAAUUUAUGCCUAUGAACAAGUUUUUUUUCCCUGCCAAUAAAAAAUAUAUAAAUGAAUACAUAAACUUUCAAUAAUUAACCUCGCCUCUGCAUCAAAAUCUUUUAUCACCUCAUCCUCGUCCAUAAAGUCAUCAGAUGAUACUUUUUCAGUCAUUUUAUUAUUGCAAGUACACUGUUUACUUAAAAUAUCACAAACAACGAGACACAAAAACACUGACAUAUAUAUAAAUAAAGCAACGAUCUAUGAUGUUAUCGUCAAAAAUUUUAUUGAUAAAGUGGUAGACGUUCAGUAGAUGGCAGCAGCCGGCUGUUUCCGUAGGCACGAAAAAAUUUUUUGCUCCC